AAAAGGCAGCCGCCAAGCCGGAGGCGCCGGGAGCGCGGAGCAGCGUGUCCACUGUCCGGACCAGGGAUGGAGGCGAUGGCUGCCAGCACCUCCCUGCCUGACCCUGGUGACUUUGACCGGAAUGUGCCCCGGAUCUGUGGGGUGUGUGGAGACCGAGCCACAGGCUUUCACUUCAACGCCAUGACCUGUGAAGGCUGCAAAGGCUUCUUCAGGUGAGUCUUUCUCCCAGACUGUCCCCAAUGGCAAGGGAGGAGAGGAAACAAGAUUUUCCCUUGAAGAGAACCCCUGCAUUUUUCGUGUCUCCUUCCUUACCAUUGUUGUGGAACAUGCCAGCUCUCACAGCCACCAGGAGCAACGGGGUCUUGGCGAAGCAUGAAGCGGAAGGCACUGUUCACGUGUCCCUUCAGUGGGGACUGCCGCAUCACCAAGGACAACCGGCGUCACUGCCAGGCCUGCAGGCUCAAGCGCUGUGUGGACAUCGGCAUGAUGAAGGAGUUCAUCCUGACGGACGAGGAGGUUCAGCGGAAGCGGGAGAUGAUCCUGAAGCGGAAGGAGGAGGAGGCCCUGAAGGACAGUCUGCGGCCCAAGCUGUCGGAGGAGCAGCAGCGCAUCAUCGCCAUCCUGCUGGACGCGCACCACAAGACCUACGACCCCACCUACGCCGACUUCACCCAGUUCCGGCCUCCAGUUCGAGGGAAUGAGGAUGGAGGGAGUCAUCUUUCCAAACCCAACUCAAGACACACCCCCAGCUCCUGGGAGGACUCUUCCUCCUGCUCAGAUUGCUACACCACCCCUCCAGACAUGGUGGAGCCGUCCAGCUUCUCCAAUCUGGAUCUGGAUGAAGAAGAGUCGGAUGACACUUCUGUAACCCUGGACCUGUCCCAGCUCUCUAUGCUGCCCCACCUGGCUGACCUGGUCAGUUACAGCAUCCAAAAGGUCAUUGGCUUUGCCAAGAUGAUUCCAGGAUUCAGAGACCUGACCUCUGAAGACCAGAUCGUGCUGCUGAAGUCCAGUGCCAUCGAGGUCAUCAUGUUGCGCUCUAACCAAUCCUUCACCAUGGAUGACAUGUCCUGGACCUGCGGCAACGAGGAAUACAAGUACUGCGUCAGUGAUGUGACCAAAGCCGGACACAGCCUGGAGCUGAUUGAGCCGCUCGUCAAGUUCCAGGUUGGGCUGAAGAAGCUGAACCUGCAUGAGGAGGAACAUGUCCUGCUCAUGGCCAUCUGCAUCGUCUCCCCAGACCGUCCUGGGGUGCAGGAUGCCGCGCUGAUCGAGGCCAUCCAGGACCGCCUAUCCAACACGCUGCAGACCUACAUCCGCUGCCGCCACCCGCCCCCGGGCAGUCACUUGCUCUAUGCUAAGAUGAUCCAGAAGCUGGCUGACCUGCGCAGUCUCAAUGAGGAGCACUCCAAGCAGUACCGUUGCCUCUCCUUCCAGCCUGAGUGCAGCAUGAAGCUCACGCCCCUCGUGCUUGAGGUCUUUGGCAAUGAGAUCUCUUGACUAGGGCAGUCUGAGGUGGCACCUGGGAGGGGCUGCUCCUCCAGGGCCGUGUGCCCAGGCCCGGGGCUGGCUACUGCUCAGCAGCCCUUCCCAUCCCCUCUAGAGCGCAGCCCCUCCUCUGCCACUUCCCCUCUCCACCCGGCCCAUCCAUCGUCUCUCCUGACCAACCUAACCCCAGGUGCCUGUUCCUGCAGGCCACAGGCUGCUCCAGCCCCUUGAGGCCUCAGUCUUAAGGAGUUGCUGUUUAUUUGACAAAGAAACUCAAGUGGAGGCAGAGGGCAGAGGCUGAAGGCGGGCCCUCUCCUGGACAUGUCCCCACCACGCUGUAAACGGCUGCUGGCUGGUGCUGAGGGAACAGGAGGCAGGAGAAAUGCACCCAUUUCUCAGGGACAGUGAUACCUGUACCUCCCCCCAACUCCAGGCCCACACGUUCAGAGCCUGGUGGGGAUCUCCCCGACUCCAACCACCCAUGAUAAAUAAGUGCUCCACAAACACC